AAUGUUUAUGUGUUCAAAUAAAUAUUAUAAAUAAAUUUAUCUCUUCGGGCUAGAAUGACUCGAUCCAACGUAAAUCUGUACCCGGUUGUUGAUUAUGUUUAUCUGUCUAAACCAAAGCUAGUGAACCGGUAUUAACUAACGCAACCUGCCGGUCGAAAUAUGCCUUUUGAUUGCUUAGCCACCACUUCUUCGAAGUUCAAAAUUAGGUAGUUAUCUGGUAUGCCUACACUAAAUCUGUUUCAACAGCUAGUCACUUCAAUUCUUCGACGUACACAAAUUUCUUACUUAUUACUUCUAAAGAUGUACUUAACUUUGCAGGCUUUAAAGGCGGUAUUAUAAUACUGGCUGGUAUUCUUUUUGUAAACGGUCCAUUUGUCUGACUACUCUCAAAACAUGUGAUCCAGUCGGUUAGCUUAAGUAGUCGACGUAAACUUAAGUAUUACUCAAAAAAAUUAUUUAAUCCCACUAUAUAAAUCUGGAUAUAGCUCACUUGCAUCGUCUGUAGUCCCGGAUAAGUUAUUUUACCAAUUUUCCUAUUCUUUUCGGCAAAGUGACUAAUUUCUCAAAUAAACUUUUUAGCGCUUUCUUAUGUGCUUAUGGGUGCCUUCCUGGAAAAACCCAAAACAGAAAAAGUAGUUAACGUGGGGGAAGGAAACGGACUUCGGUAUGCCAUUUCAAGCAUGCAAGGAUGGCGAUUAGAAAUGGAAGAUGCCCAUGUAGCUAAGUCCGAGCUUCCCAGUCCUUUCCAAUACUGGUCGUACUUCGGCGUAUUUGAUGGCCAUGCAGGAUCUCGCGUUUCAGAGCUUUGUGCAGCCAAGUUGCUAGAUGCUAUUCUUAACACAGAAGAAUUUCAGAAGCUUAGCUUUGAUAAAGAGCUUGAUACAUCUUUGGUCAAGAAAGGCAUUAUUAACGGGUUUUUAUCAUUCGACCGAGACCUAGCAUCUGAUGAUUCCGAUGAAAAGUCUGGCUCUACAGCAGUAAUUGCCUUGUCACACCAACCCAUAUAA